CGGUUUUUAAUUUUUGACCAUGGCUGCCACACAAAAGGAAUUCAGCGACUCGCCUGCUAGACCUCCAGUUGGGACUUCCCCAUCCUCGCGAACAGCCUCGCCAUGGUACAGUGUUGGCCCUGGUAUCUGGGAGCUGUUGCUCAACGGAGAUGCCAGCACGCAUGAGAAAUCAGUACUGCAGUGGUACGAACCCAAUUCACUCUCAGCAAACGACCAAAUUAUCACGCACACAUAUAUCGAGGAAGUCAUUUUGGUGGAAGGGGAGUUGGAGGACCUCACGCUCGGCAUGGCAUGGUCCAGUGGUGCCUAUGCCUAUCGAAAUCCAGGCAUGAAACAUGGACCGUACAAGGCUUCGAAGCAGGGGUGUUUAAUGUUCGUCAGAACAUCGUCUCCUGCAUAA